UUUUAUAUUAAUAUCAAGAAAUCAUACUAGACAACCUCCAGAAAGUUAUGUCAGAGCCGAUCGUAAGCCCUUUGAAUAGACAUAUAGAAUCAACUACCUCAUAAAACGAGCGAAUUUAAUGCUAAAACAAUCAGAACUAAAACAUUGUCUAUCAAAUACUGCUGAAAUCAAAAUAUGCAAACAUACUCGAAGUAAAAUAAAAAUAAGUACUCCUAAAGGAAAAAUAAAAUUGAAACAGAGUUUUUCUACAAAACUCUCUGAUCUUCCUGACAUUGAGGUAGUUCUCGAGGAGCACGAGCUUUGCCAUUAUCUACGCACCCCAAAAGAAAGCAGCUUGAAACCUCUAUCUGUCGAUGAAGCUGGACGGGACACCAAAAUAGCUCCCCACAUCCACGGAGACAAAACAACCGACAAUGCCUAUGAAAGAACCGCCAAAGUACAGAACAAACACAACCAGAAAAGAAGAAUAGUUCACUUGGGUCAUACCUCUACGGCUCUACCAAGAAUCUUUGAUACCUAGAACAAAACAUGAAAUCCCUGCUUGGAUGCAUCGUCCGUGCUCUUUCAGCUUCACAUGAAUCUGGAGUCAGACCGCAGCGACGCAACUGCUGGAGUGCGAGAGGUCGGACUCCACACUUCGCCUCUCCCUUGGAGUUUACUGCUGCCGUAAAUCUUUUGUUGUCUUCUAAACUAUAAAAAUCAUAUACUUUCAAAUCCGAAAAACUGAUUAUUUUGUAUUGACAGCUCCC